AUGUAAACGACUGUUAUGUGAUCGACAUUCUACUCUUGCUCUCAUUUCGAUGCAUCGUUUUUUUGAGAAAUCAACUGACAAAAGUAGAGUGUGGUGUCGUGGUGUGAUAAUGUUCAGUGGCUUCGGCAGUGUUCAGAGGAGUGGACUAAAAUUUAUAAGGCUAUGACGGCAAUAUAUUUCAGCGAAAAACUUUGUUAGAUCUACAUCCACUUGGUAAACCCCUCGCCACAUUGUACAAGUUUUUUUGUAAUUUUCCCCUGAAUCCAUUGAUGUUUGUGUAUCAACCCAACAAAAUAGAAUAACAUCGAGAGAGCGCCAUUUUUCGUCGGCUGUGUGAUUCAUUUUUUAUAUUCAAUAAAAUCGAAUCUCGCCUUCCAUAACAAUUAUGGAUUAUAAAGAUCUAUGGCGAAAAGAAAGCGCAAAUAAAAAUGCAUUGUACUGCGAUUUGCUGGAAAACGUCGAGAAAAACUAUCCAGAAGUGAAGAAAUUCAAUAUAGUAGGACUGUCGAAAGUUGUCUUCGAAGAAAAGAAUAAUGAAACCGCCGACCGUCACCGCCAAGAGGGGAACACACACUGUUACAACAUGAACUACGAAUUGGCAAUAAAAUACUACAACGAAAGUCUAUGUCUAGCUGAAACAGGAACGAAAUGCCUUGGAAUGGCAUAUGGGAAUCGUUCUUCGUGUUUUCUCAGAAUGAAAAAGUAUGGCAAUUGUAUUGUCGAUGUAGAUUUAGCUCUGAAUGAGCCCAUUUGUCCCAGGCUAGUAAAAAGGGCACUAGAGAACAGAAAAAUUGAAUGCCUUAAAAUAAUGUCGACGGAAGAGCCUACUAAAUUGCACGAAGUCCAGCUAAGCUAUAAACCACACGACAAUUUUCCAUUUAUAGCGAAUGUGUUGGAGAUUCAAAAGAAUGCGGAAUUUGGUCGUCACGUAAUUGCAAAGUGUAACAUUCCAGCUGGCAAAAUGAUUAUGAUUGAAGACGAUUUUAUUCCGUACACGAAAGCCACCAAUUACAUCUCCAAAAAACACUUUCCAAUGAAAUGCAACACUUGUAACCGAAAUGCCACGAAUCCAAUACCGUGUUCGUCAUGUACGGUGGUCAUGUUUUGCAACAUGCAAUGCAAAAACGAAAAUGAAAUUCAUAAAAUCGACUGUGGUGCUAUUUACUACAGGUACGACAACACCAACAGCAAAUAUAUCAUUCAAUCAGUUCUACACGCUAUCAACCUUUUCCCGACCAUCUUUGCAUUAAGGAAAUUCGUUGAAGACGCUGUGAAGGCCGAUAAAAUGGAAAUACCGGCAAGUGUUCUCGAUGAGGAAUCGAAAUAUCGAAUGUUCCUGAAACUUUGGAGGCCACCAAUGAUGAAAGACUUUAUACCGUCCACAUACAACUACUUCCAUACAAUUAUGUGCAUCAGCGUAAUUAGAAUGAAAUUCAAUACAGAGGUGAAGCGUAGAUUUCUAAUGCACUUGGUUGGACAUCAUGCAGUCAUCAUGCUAUUCAAUUCAUGGCAAGGUCAAUUAAGUCUGUUCACAUCAUUAUUAAGUCACUCCUGCGCACCGAACAUUCAAGAGGUGUAUUUCGACAGUCGCACAGCUUUAAUUACGAUCCGACCGAUUAAAAGGGGCGACCAAAUCUACAGUGCCUAUAAGACUGAGACAUCUAUGGCAGCCCAACGCUUGAACCGUAAAGAAGAAAUUGAAAGAAAAUUUGGUUUUAGAUGUAAGUGUCUGAAAUGCGAAGGUAAGAUGGUCGAGAUGAGGUCCAUCGAAGAGGAUCCCAUCUAUAAGCGAAUCAGCGAGACGCAUCUUCUAGGUUGCAACAGAGUUAUGCUGGAAGAUUAUAUUUCCACUUGCAUCGGACUGUUAAACAAGUACAAACGCUUGCCAUUAUGGUCAAGACAGCUGGAUAACGUUUCCACGAGGGUGGGAUUUUGCCUGGCAUUACUUUACUAUACUAUGACGGAAGUGAAAUGAAAUUUUUUGUUUUAUGUUUUCCAUUUUUUGUCCAAACGUUUUGUCUCAACUGUUUUGUCUUAGAAAACUAACUUUACCGAAUUAAAGUUAUCAUUUGUGCAAUUGGAGCUUUUUUUAGAAAUAUUUUCUUCGCAGCGGUUCC